ACUCUCCCACCGCUUUGUCGCCACUCGUACACGAUGCCAUCCGGUGCCCCAGAGUCAUCUUCGUCCCCAUACGCGUCCUCGUCCUCGGCCGGCCGCACCUUCGCACAUCAAUCUAGCCUCCCAAAGCUCCCCAUCCCCCCGCUCGAGGAUACCUGCGCGCGCUACCUCGCCGCCCUCGCCGCCCUCCAGGACCCGCGCGAACAUGCCCGCACCAAGCGCGCCGUCGACGCCUUCCUGGCCGGCGAGGGCCCGCGCAUCCAGGCGCGCCUGCGCGAGUGGGCCGCGCACAAGGACAGGUACGUCUGCGAUCUUUGGUACGAGUCGUACCUCUCUCACUCGGACCCCGUCGUCCUCGCCCUCAACCCCUUCUUCGUCCUCGAAGACGACCCCACCCCCGAGCGUGGCGCCCAGCUCCCUCGCGCCGCAGCCCUCAUCGUCUCCUCCCUCGGCUUCAUACACGACCUCCGCGCCGGCACGCUCCCGCCCGACACCAUCCGCGCCGGCGGCGUCCCGCUCGACAUGGACCAGUACACGCGCCUGUUCGGGACCGCUCGAAUACCGACCGAGCGGGGUUGCAAGAUGGUCACUACGCCCGAGGCUCGGCAUAUCGUCGUCUUGCGGCGCGGUCAGUUCUACUGGUUCGACGUGCUGGAUGAGGAGAAUAGGCCUGUACUCACUGAGCGUGAGAUCCUGCGCAACCUCAAGGCGAUCGUCGCAGACGCGGACACGCUGCCCACGUCCGAGGUCGCCUUCAAUUCGGUCGGCGUGCUCUCGACCGAGAACCGCAAGGUCUGGUCCGGCCUGCGCACGGCGCUCGGGGCGCGCGCGCGCGCCAACGCGUCCUGCCUGCGCGUCGUCGACGCGGCGCUCUUCGUGGUGUGCCUCGACGACGCGGCGCCCGCGGGCCUCGCGGAGCUGUGCAGCAAUUUUCUGUGCGGGACGUAUAAGCUCGAAGGCGGAGUGCAGACGGGGACGUGCACGAAUCGGUGGUACGAUAAGUUGCAGAUCAUAGUCUGUGCGGACGGCGCGGCCGGGAUCAAUUUCGAGCAUACAGGCGUCGACGGGCACACCGUCUUGCGAUUCGCGGCGGACGUAUUCACGGAGGGUCUCAUGCUUCUAGCGCGCUCCAUUAACCCCUCCGCUCCUACCCUCUUCCACGCCCCGCUCUCCCCACAUGCCAAAUCCUACCGCCCGCCCCGCACCUCCUCUACCGCCACCAUCACCGCCCGCGCGAACCCCACGCCGCGCGCGCAAGACCCGAUCGACACGACGCCGAAGAAGCUCGAGUGGACACUGACGCCGGACCUGCGCGCGGGGAUUCGCUUCGCGGAGACGCGCUUGAGCGAUUUGAUUUGCCAGAACGACUGCCAGGCACUCGAGUUUGGCGCGUACGGAAAAAGCUUCAUCACAGGCCAGGGGUUCAGCCCCGACGCGUUCGUGCAGAUGGCGUUCCAGGCGGCGUAUUUCGGGCUGUAUGGGCGCACGGAGUGCACGUACGAGCCUGCGAUGACCAAGGCGUUCCUGCAUGGUAGAACAGAGGCCAUCCGCACUGUACAGCCGCAGAGCGUACACUUCGUCAAGACGUUCUUCUCCGACGCGGACGCGGAGCAGAAGAUAAAGGCGCUGCGCGCGGCGUGCGAGCGGCACGUAAAGCUCACGAAGGAGUGCAGCCAGGGCCUCGGACAAGACAGGCACCUCUACGCGCUGUACUGCCUGCUGCAGCGCGAGACGCUCGACGGGACGCUCGAUCCCUCGCCCGACCAGGCGCCGCCCUCGCCGACGACGAGCGACAGCGGCAGCAAUGCUAGCAACGGCAACGGCAACGGCAACGCCCCUAAUGGCGGCGACUGGAGAAAGGCGGCGAUGCCGGCGAUCUUCACGGACCCGGGCUGGGCGCUGCUCAACACGUCGAUCCUGUCGACGUCGAACUGCGGGAACCCCGCGCUGCGCCUUUUUGGGUUCGGGCCCGUCGCGGCAGACGGGUACGGGAUCGGGUAUAUCAUCAAAGACGACGGGAUCUCCGUGUGCGCGUCUUCGAAGCACCUGCAGACGAGGCGCUUCCUGGACACGCUGCAGGGGUAUCUGCACGACGUGCAUCGCAUGCUCGUGCAGCUGCACCGCGCGGCGAACGAGCGCCCCGCGCCAUUCAUUGACCACUCGGGGACGCUGCGCGACUCCAAGACGGGGCGCCCGAUUCACGGCGGGUUGAGUGACGACGAUGACGGAGAUGAGGAUGGUGGGGACGGGGACACGAUGCCGGGCUACUCAUUCUUUGACAGCUCGGACGUGGAGCUGCUGGGCAGGCGCAAGCGGUCUGUGCACCACAGUGUCGGCAAGGUGAUCCCUAUGGCGGAGUACUGACGUGCAUGUACCGAGGUCGCCGGGGUUGGAUGAUUAUUCUGAGCUAGGACGAUUUGCGCUUUCCUCUAGUCGAUAGAAUUUUUUAUUUUAUUUCAUCAUCUUGUUUCAUGUAUGGUUUUUGAAUGGGAGACACACGACAGGGUAGGAUAUCCCUCUUUUUAAUCUUUUUUUUUGGGAUAUGAUGAUUUU